AUGAAGGGCAUUGGUUUUGACAAUGACACGAAUGUAAUUGAAAGGCUGAUCUUUAAUGCCUCAACCUUCAAUUCAUCCAACACAGCAAGCAAGUCCAAUUCCAGCUGGUUAAAUCCUGCGACAGAUGAAUCCUGUGGCGUGGCAGGGAGACGCAGAUGCCCACACUCAGCCAUGGAGAAUGCCGCCAUUGCUUUCAUUACCGGCUCCCUCAGCCUCCUCACUGUGGUGGGCAAUAUCCUAGUGCUACUCUCCAUCAAAGUCAACCGCCGUCUGCGGACAGUCAAUAAUUACUUCCUUUUCAGUUUGGCCUGUGCUGACCUUCUUAUUGGCCUGUUUUCCAUGAACCUCUACAUCAUCUAUAUUGUCCAAGGCUAUUGGUCUCUAGGCGUGUUCUUAUGUGAUAUGUGGUUGGUGGUGGAUUAUGUGGUCAGCAAUGCCUCAGUCAUGCACCUCCUUAUCAUCUGCUUUGACCGUUACCUCUGCAUAACGCGACCUUUGACCUACCCUGCCAAACGAACAGCAGGCUGGGCACGGCUUGUGAUCGCAGCGGCCUGGGUUCUCUCAUUCUUCCUCUGGGCCCCUGCCAUCCUGCUAUGGCAGUCGGGCACCAGCGGAAAGCGCCUGGUCCCUGAGGGGCAGUGCUACAUUCAGCUCUUGGCCAGUCCCGCCGUCACCAUGGCCACCACCAUUCCCGCCUUCUAUCUGCCCGUGAUCGUCAUGACAGUCCUGUAUUGUCGCAUCUCAUUGGCCAGCCAAAGCCGACUGACCAGGCUAAAACCGUGUGCGUCAAGUCCCAGUCUGAACAGCUUUGAGUCCACUGGCCAGCUUAAGAUGUCUAAUCGAAUCAACCGCUUGUCCUUCAAGACUAACCCAGUGAGAAAUGACUCUCCUCAACGAGAGCAAAACAUCUCUGUCUCAACUAAACGUGGCUCCAGUAUAACCAAUCAGGGAGAUGAGAGCCCCGCUUCCUCCAGGAGAACAGAUGAGCCAUGCACUUUUGAAAAUCCAACUGUCAUCAAUGCCAAAGAGCCACAAAACAGAUUUUCUGAGAAUCUCAGUGUGACCCAACGUCAGCUGAUCAGAAAAAGACGAAGAGCGUCAAGGGAAAGGAAGGUGACCAGAACUGUCCUUGCCGUUCUUCUGGCCUUCAUCAUUACCUGGACCCCACACAAUGUCAUGGUUCUGGUUGGUACUUUCUGCCACUCCUGUGUACCCGGCACUGUGUGGACUGUCGGCUACUGGUUGUGUUACAUGAAUAGCACCAUAAACCCAGCAUGCUAUGCUCUUUGUAAUGCCAUUUUCAGAAAGACCUUUAAAAGCCUUUUGCUGUGCCAAUUCAGAAACCUUACCACAAAGUAA